GAAGGAGGCUUUGUGCAACUUUUAGGAGGACUCAGGAUUAGCAAGACCGCAGCAGUUCACCGCAGCUAAGACGGCCCACGCCGCCCGGCCCGCCCAACCUUGAGCUAGAGUAGACGUCUCUAUGGUGGAGUAAACGUAGAGAGGUGUCUCUCUUCCCCAGGCGGUGGGGCUGCGCAUGGGCAGUAGCCGCAGCGUUGGCAAGAUGGCAGCGGAAGAGUCAGGAAAAAAGAUCCCUUUGGUUCCAGAAAAUCUGCUGAAAAAGAGGAAGGCUUAUCAGGCCCUCAAAGCCACCCAGGCAAAGCAGGCGCUUUUGCAAAGGAAGGAGCAGAGGAAAGGAAAAGAGAUCAAGUUUAAGCGACUAGAAUGGUUCCUACAUGAUUCCUGGCGGCAACUGCGAGACAGAGUGCGACUCAGACGACUAGAAGUGAAACCUCAUGCCUUGGAAGUGCCAGAUAAACAUUCCUUGGCCUUUGUUGUACGCAUCGAAAGGAUUAAUGGGGUGAGUUUACUGGUGCAGAGGACCAUUGCAAGACUUCGCCUGAAGAAGAUUUUCAGUGGUGUCUUUAUGCAAGUAACUCCUCAGACCAUAAAAACGCUUCGUAUAGUGGAACCUUAUGUGACCUGGGGGUUUCCAAAUCUGAAGUCUGUUCGGGAACUCAUCUUGAAACGUGGACAAGCCAAGGUCAAGAAUAAAAUCAUCCCUCUGACAGACAACACAGUGAUUGAGGAGCACCUGGGGAGGUUUGGCGUCAUUUGUUUGGAAGACCUUAUUCAUGAGGUUGCCUUCCCGGGGAAGAAUUUUCAGGCGAUCUCAGGGUUCUUGCGUCCUUUCCAACUCUCAGUGGCCCGUCACGCUACCAAGAAUAGAGUGGGCUUUCUCAAGGAAGUGGGCUCACCUGGCUAUCGAGGUGAACGCAUCAAUCAGCUCAUCCGGCAGCUGAACUAAACCCAGCAUAUGUGAAAGCACACUGCAUUGGAAGCAUGUGUUUUUGUUUUAUGGAAUUGUUACCCAGUAUCUUCAACGAAGAUUAUUUUCUGCUAUAUCGUCAAAAACUGGAGGGGGAGGGUCAGGGAAAAGAUGGUGAUGUUCACAGCAGGCACUUUUCAUCCCGCCUCAGUUCCAAGGAAGAGUUCCUGUGUGUUGGUUCUGCAGUGAUCGCCAUCCACCUCUGAAACCAGCAAAGGACUCAUGCCAUGGAGGAGGGAGUCCUGUUUUAUCACAUCUGUCCUGGGGUUUAAUGGUGGUGAAUGAAUGAAUACCCACGCAUGAAUAGAAGACAGCAGUGGACCAAGCCCAGGGGCAUAUUGAACCUGGGGUUUCCUAGGGCUUUAUUUUGGAAAGAACUUGAAAUACAAUUAGAAAGAAGUGCACAAAAGCAA